UCGCGAGGCUUCCUUCUUUGCGGCCAUCUUGCUGCCGCCGCCGGGGUCACCGGGACAGAGAGGGCAGAGCUGCAGCUCCACCGAUAAUGCUGUCUCGCCUGGGCCUGCGCGCCGCUCCGGCGGCGCUGAAGAGCCUGACUCCCUCCCUCUCCGUGGGUGUAUUGCAUGCGUCUAGACCAUUCCACACAGGUCAGCACUGCUUGGCUCCUACCCCCUCCCCUGAGAAAGGAGGGCAAGUUCGUCAUGGUCUUCUGCCCGAGUCAUUCUUUUUUUGGAGAGGAGUGACAGGGCCCUAUGUGCUGGGAACUGGGCUACUGUUCUACCUUCUCUCCAAGGAAAUCUAUAUAGUCAACCAUGAAACAAUUGCAGGUGCCUGCAUUGUGGGAGUCCUCAUUUAUAUAGUUAAAAAAUAUGGAGGUGAUGUAGCAGCUUUUGCUGAUAGGCUCAAUGAGGAGAAAGUUGCCAAAGCUUUAGAUGUCAAAAAUGAUUCAAUCAACCACCUGGAGUCAAUAAUUGAACAGGAAAAGAAGGAGCAAUGGAGGGUUGAAGGCCGCAAUUAUCUCUUUGAUGCCAAGCGGAAUAACGUUGCUAUGCUGCUAGAGACUAACUACCGAGAAAGGCUGCUGACUGUAUACAAUGAAGUGAAGAAGCGGCUAGACUAUCAAAUCGCUGUUCAGCAACUGACACGUCGUAAGGAACAAGAUCACAUGAUCAACUGGGUAGAGAAAAAUGUCAUCCAGAGCAUCACUGCUCAACAGGAGAAGGAGAGUAUUGCCAAGUGCAUCUCAGAUUUGAAGAUGUUAUCGAAGAGCACACGGGUGGCAGUAUAAUCGCACAACGGUGAAUUCCAUUCAGCUCUGCGUUUUUCUGUGAUCUGCUGUUGAAAACUGUACAACUGUAACUCUAAAUUAAAAUACGUUCUGUAUUCUCCCUGUCUGAUUAGUAGCACUGAACUUGCAGCAGUCCCAGGGCAUGGUUAUGGUAGUUAAUUCUGAUGUGAACAGGAAUCUAUGUGCUUGUUCCAGUUUGUUUUUAUGCAGAAGUUUAGGGUUCUGCAGAUGAAUAAAAACAUAACUCUUCCUUUGUUAAA